UCUCCAUGCUUUCACACAGUAGCAUCUUACAUGCGUGCCCAGAUAUUCAAUACAAUCUUUAUUCACUCCUUCGAGAGGUUACCCUGAGGGGGUCAAGCCACCAACUGCAGUCACUAUUUCCGCUGGGGUGUAAAAAUGAAGGGGGGAUGGAUGCUGAGAGCUGGCUGGACCGAGCAAGAAAGGUCUAUUUAUCUGCCGAGAAUGAAAAUGUUCUGUCUACAAGGGCUUCUGCACUGCGAUGUAUAACGAAGGCAGCAGCGAUGAGACCAUUUCCACAAUAGGACCAAUACAUAAUCACAUUCAACAGUGGCACAGCAUCAUUUGAUAUGGGAAUAUAGAAUAAAUGACCAACUGAUUCCAGCAGUCUUCCCCACUUGUUCUUCCACAGAUCACCUUCUACCUACAGUUCCAGAGCCUCCUCUCUACAAGCCACCAGUGACAGCACUGCUCUUAUUGUCCAUAUUGGCGCUAAAGCAAGUGAAACACUGGGUAUUGUUGGAUAUAUAAGCCCCUUCCUCCUCAAGGAGAGAGUUCUUCCAAACAACCAUAGCCCAUGAAUAUAUAUUGGCAAAAAGUCCCAGGAUCACCUCUUUCUGUCACGCAACGUUGCACCUAUUCCAUACAUGCCCCCCCCCACCGUCUGUGUGCAGCCAUGAAAGAGGAUUGCUCCCUGCUAUAAAGAGGAGGAGAAGGAGGGGGUGAGAAAAAAAGAAAUAAUUAUUUUCCUACUGAAAAGAAAGGGAAAGAGGGGAGAGAGGGAAAUGUGUUAAUCCAAUUUAAAGUCUGCUGAGCUGGAUGGUGGAAUAAGCCGCAUCAGGUGCGCAGAAAGACCGAGUGGAUAAAUCUACUCCUUGACUUUCCCACCCAGAUCUGGAUUUACAAAUGCUACAGAACUAGGAUUUGAAAAUUGCACCAAAGGAGGCGGGAGGAAAGAGACCAAUGUUGCCAGGAUUUCUUUAAAGCUUGAAAGAAAGAUUGAAGAACUGAGCCAUAUUCAUCAAGAUUCCUCCAAACUCAAUCACUUUUGGCAUUACCGUCCAACAGAAUGGCAAUCACCACUACCACCACCACUACCACCUCAACAACAAUUGCUGCCUCUGCAGCAGCUACAACGGCAACUGCCACAACAGUUGCCAUGACCACAGCCACCCUGGACUUGCGUGACUGGCUGUUCCUGUGUUAUGGACUUAUUGCAUUUUUGACAGAGGUAAUAGACAGCACUAAUUGCCCCUACGUGUGUCGUUGUGACAAUGGUUUUAUUUACUGUAAUGACCGAGGGCUAACUUCAAUCCCCCCUGACAUCCCAGAUGAUGCAACUACUCUUUACCUCCAAAACAACCAGAUAAAUAAUGCUGGAGUCCCACCAGAGUUGAAGACAAAGACCAAUGUCAAAGUUAUCUACCUGUACGAGAAUGACCUUGAUGAAUUUCCAGUCAACCUUCCACAUUCACUCCGUGAGCUCCACCUUCAGGACAACAAUAUCCGCAGUGUGACACGGGACUCUCUUUCGCGUAUCCCGCUGAUUGAGAAGCUACAUCUAGAUGACAACUCUGUAUCAACUGUUAGCAUUGAAGAUGAUGCCUUUUUAGACAGUCAUCAACUGCGUCUACUCUUCCUGUCACGUAAUCACCUCAGUAGCAUCCCGAAUGGUUUACCACAUACAUUAGAAGAGCUAAGACUUGAUGAUAAUCGUAUAUCUACUAUCCCACUUCAUGCAUUUAAAGGCCUAAACAAUCUCCGUCGCUUGGUUCUAGAUGGGAAUCUAUUGGCCAACCAGCGAAUUGCAGAUGAUACAUUUAGCCGCCUCCAAAACCUAACUGAGCUUUCCUUGGUACGAAAUUCUCUAGCUGCCCCUCCAGUCAAUCUGCCCAGCACUCACUUACAAAAACUCUACUUACAGGAUAAUGCUAUCACCCAUAUACCAUACAGCUCACUUUCCAAAAUGAGACAGUUGCAGAGAUUGGAUCUGUCCAGUAACAACCUCACAGCCCUUCCCCGUGGUCUAUUUGAUGACUUAGAAAAUCUGAGCCAACUGCUGCUUAGAAAUAAUCCCUGGUUCUGUGGGUGCAAUCUUAUGUGGCUACGAGACUGGGUGAAAGCCAGGGCAGCUGUGGUGAAUGUCCGCGGCCUAAUGUGCCAGGGACCUGAGAAAGUUCGAGGAAUGGCCAUUAAGGACAUUACCCAUGAGUUGGAUGAGUGCUUUGAGGGUGGGCCACAGAGUAAUUCAGCCUCUGCCCGUGCCACACCAGGAAGUCCUAUAAUCACCACUCCAGCCCAGGGCUCUCUUUUUACCCUCAAAUCUAAAAGGCCAAGAAUUCAGCUACCAGACUCAAAUGUGGAUUACCCCAUGGAAACUGGAACCUCAACUAAAGCUUUGGUGAUAAAUGUCAAGCCUCUAACAGCUGACAGCAUUCGCAUCACUUGGAAGGCCUUUCACCCAGCUAGUUCCUUUCGACUUAGUUGGCUGAGACUUGGUCAUAGUCCAGCUGUUGGCUCUAUCACAGAAACCUUGGUGCAGGGAGACAAAACAGAGUAUUUGUUAACUGCUUUGGAACCCCGCUCCACGUACAUAAUAUGCAUGGUUACCAUGGAUACUGGAAACACCUAUCUUGCAGAUGAAUCUCCUGUCUGUGCCAAGGCGGAGACAGCUGAUGUUUAUGGACCCACAACUACAUUGAACAGGGAGCAGAAUGCAGAUCCUCUAGCUGGGUUACCUUUAGCUGGUAUUAUAGGAGGAGCUGUUACACUUGUCUUCCUAUUUUUGAUUUUGGCAUCCAUUUGCUGGUAUGUCCAUCGGGCUGGGCAACUGCUGACUCAUGAACGAGCAUACAGCCGUGGCAGCCGGAAGAAGGACGAUUAUGUGGAGUCUGGGACCAAGAAAGAUAACUCCAUCCUGGAGAUUAGGGGACCAGGGCUUCAGAUGCUGCCUAUAAACCCUCACCGAUCAAAAGAGGAGUAUGUCAUUCAUACAAUAUUCCCAUCAAAUGGAACCAGCCUUUACAAAAGCACCCACACAAUAGGCUAUGGCACUCACAGAGGAUACAGAGAUGGUGGUAUACCAGACACAGACUAUUCCUACACAUGAUGUAUCAUAUUUUGGACUGAUCAGCUCCAGUGCCCACAGUGAUUUGUUUUUACUGGUGUCCAAGGAAGAGUCAUCACAGUGCAAAAAAAAACGUCAACAAAAUAAACUUAAGCUGUAAGAAAGAAAAAGAAAAAACAAAACAAGACUCCAUGGGAUAUUUUUUAGGAAAAAAUAUCAAUAUUCACUACAAAACCCUUGAGAAUAAAGAAGAAAAAAAAAACAAACAAAAAAAAAAUACAGUAGAUAUACAGCUAGUUGAAAUGGUUGUGGGAGAACUCAAUUAUGUUUAAUAACACAGUUAAAUCAUUUUAAAACAAGGAUAUAGAUUGUGUGCAAUGUAAACGCUUGGGUACAAUUUGCAUAAUUCCUGAGUGGUUUUUCUCUCUACGUUUUUUGAUUUCAUUCUGUUAAAUGCAGGAUACAAAUGAAAGCUUGGUGCGACGACCGUAACUUAAAGCUUACCACCAAUAGAACUUAUAUAUUUUUUUCUGUAAGUUUUUUUUUCCCUCUAUUUUUUAUAGUUUUUUUUUUAAUUGUUUUCAU